GGCCGGCGGCCGCCAGGGCACAACUGCAGCACCGGGGCCGGCCUGCCGCUACCUCAGCGUCGCUCGGCUCACGGAUGAGGACUGUUCUUGUUCUUCACCUGAGCUGAAGAAACUCUGCACUUUAUUUCCCAUCUCUGCCAUCAGGCCCGCUGAAGAGAGACUUCUGAGAUCUCAGCUAUAAAGAUACCCAGCCAAAGUCUCAAUCUUGCCUUAAUGAUGUUUCAGAGACUGAACAGAAUGUUUGUGGGUGAAGUCACUUCUUCUCCCAACCAAGAGCCAGAGUUCAGUGAGAAAGAAGAUGGCGAGUGGAUCCUUGUUGACUUCACAGACACGUGCACUGGCUUCUCAGCAGAGGAAGAGGAGGAGGAAGAUGAUGACAUCAGCGAAGAGUCUCCAACAGAGCACACGUCAGUCUUCUCCUGUUUACCUGCAUCUCUGGAGUGUUUGGCUGACACCAGUGAUUCCUGCUUCCUCCAGUUUGAGUCCUGCCCCAUGGAGGAGAGCUGGUUCAUCACCCCUCCCCCGUGUUUUACAGCAGGUGGAUUAACCGCUGUCAAGGUGGAGACGAGUCCUAUGGAGAACCUUCUCAUUGAACAUCCCAGCAUGUCUGUCUACGCUGUACACAGUUCCUGUGCCGGGCUCAGCGAGGCCAGCUGUGUCAAUGAUGACUACAACCCCAGCAGCCCCAGGAUGGGAGCCCAGAGUGACAUGGGGGAACACAUUCACUGCUGUGUCACCGCCCUCGCUGCUCAGGCAACAUUUCUGGAACAACCUAAGAGCUUCCGCCCUUCCCAGUGGAUAAAGGGACACAGUGAAAGACAGUCUCUGAACAGAAAUGGCCUUCGUCGCCAAAACCUUACCAGGGAUUGCCACACUCGACAAAUGAAGCAUGGUGGCUGGGUAGUUCACCAGCCCUGCCCACGCCAGUACAAUUACUGAGGACGCUGAGUUCUGGUUGGUUUCCUGGGUUUGUGCCUAUGUGUGUGGAUGUGUGCAUAUAAUGAGAUGUUUCUCCUUCUAGUCAACUGAAGACCAAUCACCUAGUGUGUCAGUGGCUAGACACUAUCACAACCAGAUUUUUGUGCUGUGUAUCACAUAAUGCCUUGCUCCUGACCAGUUUCUUUAAAAAAAA